AUGAGUGCCGCAUUCGAUCUGCCUACGACUAACUCAUCCAUGCUCGACAUUGAUCUUUUCACCUCAUUCACCAAAGGCGAGGACACUAGCAGUAGCCCCGAAGAAGAAAUCUCACCAGCACAACUGAGCACAUUACACAACCACUACUUCAAUUCCAUCUACCUUUCCUUUCCGUUCCUUAAUCGAGACCGGUUCUUGGCUGAUUCGACGGGCGGCAGCGGGCCUGCGGUGAGCGCGCUGGUGUACGCCGUGGCCCUCGCUGGUUGCACGCACUCUCCCAAAGACGCCAACCGGCAGUCUACUUGCUAUAGUCUAGCGUGCAAUCACGCGGAGAAGUGCGAGCGCGAAGGCGGAUUGAACGACAUCAACUUUGUACAGGCUCUGUUACUGAUCGGUCGUUUUGAGGCCAUGGAUCGGAAACUAGAAAGAAGCUGGCUUACUCUGGGGCGUGCUGCUCUGCUUUGCAGGCUUCUCCGUAUACAUCGGAUGGAGGAGGGCGAUGACAGCGAGCCUUCACAGGAUGACGGAGGACCGAGUGGCCCCCUUUCACGUUUGCCGCCUACUGAUGACCCCGUGGUCUUGGAAGAACGCCGUCGUACCUUUUGGGAGCUUUAUAUAUUGCAGAGCUACGUAAAGACACGAGCAGGGUGGCAGUGUCAGUUGGGUGACGUGAAGAUGUCUUCACAAGGGCUACUUAGAUCCGAUUUAGUCCCAGUCAACAUACCAUUUCUUUCGGAAAUACGUCCCGACCAAUGGCAGGAGAUCUCAUCCUACGCAGGCUGCGUCCUGAUGGUAGAGCUGGCCCUACAUUGCUUCGACCACGGACAACAACGCGCUACAACCAGAUUCUGGGACGUGUAA